AUGCUGAAGAGUGGGAUCCAGCAGGCGCUCCGCGCUUCCAUGCGCAGGCCGGCCAUUCGCCGCAGCGCAUUUUCGCCCAUGAAGAAGAGCUUCGCCCCCGCGCUCUCCACCCGAUUCGCCAGCACCGAUGCUACAAAGGAUGGCAAGAUCCAUCAAGUUAUAGGAGCCAUCGUGGACGUCAAGUUCGACACCGAGCAGCUCCCUGCUAUUCUCAACGCCGUCACAACCCAGAACGGUGACCAGAAGCUCAUCCUCGAAGUCGCUCAACAUUUGGGUGAGAACGUCGUACGAUGCAUUGCCAUGGACGGUACCGAGGGUCUCGUCCGAGGUUCCAAGGCCACCGACACCGGUGCCCCCAUCAAGAUCCCCGUCGGUCACGGUACCCUUGGUCGUAUCAUGAACGUCACUGGUGACCCCAUUGACGAGCGUGGUCCCAUCAAGGCCACCAAGUACGCCCCCAUCCACGCCGACCCCCCGGAGUUCACCGAGCAGUCCACCUCCGCUGAGGUCCUCGUCACCGGUAUCAAGGUUGUCGACCUGUUGGCUCCUUACGCUCGUGGUGGAAAGAUUGGUCUCUUCGGAGGUGCCGGUGUCGGAAAGACUGUGUUCAUUCAGGAGUUGAUCAACAACAUCGCCAAGGCCCACGGUGGUUUCUCCGUCUUCACUGGUGUCGGUGAGCGUACCCGUGAGGGUAACGAUCUGUACCACGAGAUGCAGGAGACUUCCGUCAUUCAGCUUGACGGUGACUCCAAGGUCGCCCUUGUCUUCGGUCAGAUGAACGAGCCCCCGGGUGCCCGUGCCCGUGUCGCCCUUACUGGUCUUACCCUAACAACCCCCUCGUAUUUCCGCGACGAAGAGGGUCAGGAUGUGUUGCUCUUUAUCGACAAUAUCUUCAGGUUUACCCAAGCCGGUUCCGAGGUGUCUGCUCUUCUCGGUCGUAUCCCCUCUGCCGUCGGUUACCAGCCCACCCUCGCCAUCGACAUGGGUGUCAUGCAGGAGCGUAUUACCACCACCACCAAGGGAUCCAUUACCUCCGUCCAGGCCGUCUACGUGCCCGCUGACGAUUUGACUGACCCUGCUCCCGCCACCACCUUCGCCCAUUUGGACGCCACCACUGUCUUGUCCCGUGGUAUCUCCGAGUUGGGUAUCUACCCCGCCGUCGACCCUCUUGACUCCAAGUCCCGUAUGUUGGACCCCCGUGUCAUCGGUCAGGACCACUACGACACCGCCACCCGCGUUCAGCAGAUUCUCCAGGAGUACAAGUCCCUCCAGGAUAUCAUUGCCAUUCUCGGUAUGGACGAGUUGUCGGAAGCCGACAAGCUUACCGUCGAGCGUGCCCGUAAGAUCCAGCGUUUCCUGAGCCAGCCUUUCGCUGUCGCCCAGGUCUUCACUGGUAUUGAGGGCAAGCUUGUCGACCUCAAGGACACCAUCCGCUCAUUCAAGGCUAUCUUGACUGGUGAGGGUGACGACCUUCCCGAGGGUGCUUUCUACAUGGUCGGUGACUUCGAGUCAGCCCGCGCCAAGGGAGAGAAGAUUCUUGCCGAGCUCGAGAAGUCAUAG